GUGGGUCGCCCCACCCAGCACCCCCGCACCCUCCUGAGAGUCUGCCUUUCCCCCGCGGAUUCCCCCCGGGGAUUCCCCUGGGCGCGGUGACGUCACCGCGCUUGUUACAUUUCACUGUAGCCAAUAUCUCCUGUCACUUUCAGACCAUGGAGACUCCCGGCUCAGGGAGAGACUGGAGGAAACACAUCGUCCGGCAGCUCCAGCGCCGAGAUCGACACCAGAAACUACACUUCGAGGAUCUCAUUCACUCCUACAACCAGCUCCUGAUGAAGUCCAACAUUGUUCAACUCUGGAGAGACAAGAACUUGGCAGCAACUCCCAGCCUAUCUCCCGAACCCCAGAAUGUGGUAAGCUUACAGAGCAGACAUCGAAAGGAACUGAUCGAAAUGUAUCAGGCAAAUGGAGAGCUCGCACAGGAGGUCUUCAGUCUGAGCAAACAGCACAAACACAGAGAGAUGGACCUCCAGGUCAGUCACAGCAGGUUGGUGGAGUUGGAGGUGAGGCUGUCUGAGCUGGAGGGAGAGCGGGAGCGAUUACUGGAGCGAUUCGAGGAAUUGGAGAAAGCCAAUGCCAGGGUGAAGGAGGAUUAUGAUAACCUUCAGCAGCUUUACCGUUCACAGUGGGAGCAACUUCUGAAGCGGGAGGUGGAGGGAACAGAACUGAUCCAGAACAUGAUUGACAUCAAGGUUCAAGCGGCGAGAGAUCUGAAUUAUCGGAACGAGAAGCCAAAGAGGGUCCAGGAGAAGAACUUGGAGAAAGACCUGGCUGUCAUUUCCCGGGUUCCCAUCUCGAUGGACACAGGUGUCUUUCGACCAGUGCAGAAACUGCUCCCCGAGGCAGCCAGGCACCAGGAGAUCAAGAUCUUCAAACCAUUUCGGAGUUCUAGGUCAAGCUCUUUAAGCCUCCCACCCCACCCCAGACUCUUCCAGUCCUUUAAAGAGCUCUUCAGAAAGCGGGCGAAUACAUCUUUCAUCGGCGUGGAUUGUAGUCCAACGAACUUCUGUUCGGUUGCAAGGAUUCCAGCCAAAGUUCGAUUCAGCAUGCAGGAAGCACACGAUGGUGAGGUUAAUGCUGUCAAGUUCUCUCCAAACUCCAAGAUCCUGGCGACUGGAGGCAGUGACAGGAAAGUGAAGCUAUGGGACAUUGUUGGAGGAAUGCUCCAGCUGGUGAAAAUUCUGGAGGGGAGCAACGAUGGAGUGACCAGCAUUGAGUUUGAUCCCUCGGGUCUACACCUCUUAGCAGGAUCAUAUGACAACACUGCCCGCCUAUGGAGUCUGAAGGACUGUGAACUGAAGCACACUUUGUCGGGUCACAGUGCAAAGGUCACAGCGGCAAAGUUCAAGUUUUACUGUCAAGAAGCUGUCACAGGAAGCCACGACAGAACAGUCAAAGUCUGGGACUUGAGAAAAGCUGCCUGUGUCAGUUCGAUCCCUCUCCCGUCUCGCUGCAGUGACAUCGUUUGCUCAGACUACCUCAUCAUAAGUGGUCACUUUGAUGAGAAGGUUCGCCUGUGGGACACAAGGUCUGGCACAAAGACUGAUGAGAUCCCACUGCAGGGAAAGGUGACAUCUUUAGACAUUAACUCCGAACGGACCCAGUUACUGAGCUGUUCACGUGAUGAUCUGUUGACGGUGGUGGAUCUGCGGAUGAAUGAGACCAGGCAGGAGCUCAGAGCUGAAGGGUUUAAGUGUGGAGCUGAUUGGACCAAGGCAAUUUUCAGCCCCGAUGGGAGCUAUGCUGUGGUGGGAUCAUCUGAUGGAGUUCUCUACAUCUGGGACACUCUCACUGGGAAACUGGAGACUUCUUUGGUUGGACAACACAAAUCCUCCAUCAAUGCAGUUUCCUGGUCCUUAUCUGGAGAGUAUGUGGUGAGUGUGGAUCGAUCAAGAUUGGCCAGUCUCUGGACUGACUGCUGACCCAGCCACGCAGCGGUGACUCCAAAUGGCCACCACUUCCAUCGUCACAUGACCACCAUUUGAUCUGAAGGGAAAGUGUCAAGAGCACGGGUUAUAGAGAUUUAACAUCCUACACAGGUGGAAGCUCCUGUCAGUAACCAACCUCUAUCCUAACUGCAACUCUCCCACUCAUAUACACAGACACGCACACACUCUCACACCCAGACAAAGACACACACAUGUACACACAUAUAUAUACUC